AUGGCCGCCACCGCGUACCUCUGGGUGGAGAACGUCCCCACCAGCGACCUUGAUUUCAAGAUCAACGGUGGCAAUAUUAUCGGCGAUACUGACGUGAUGUGGAUUUGGGGCCAGAAGACGGGACAAGGCUUCAACGCCGCCAUGUCCGGGUCCCUCUGGAACCCCGACACAGCUAGUAUGGUCGGCCGCACGCCAGGCCUCGGUUACCACACUCUCGACCCGUCGAGCGACAGUGUGCAGUUCGUCGAUGUGAUGGGUUUGACGACCGAGAUCUCAACUCGGUUCCCCCGUAGUUUCCCCUCCGUCAAGUAUACAAUCUCCGUCACCCCCCUCGACGAGCGGACCUUGGGUUGCUACCUUCGGGCUUACAAGGCCCACAACCUCGCCUUGGCGGGGAAGUUGGAGGACCUAAAGCCGGGCUUCGAGACCUUCUGGUUCAAGGGCGCGGAGAAGCGGAUCUCUGGCGUGUCUCUGACCAACCCCCAAGAUGAGCAUCCGGUCAUUGCAACUCUCCUCGGCCAAAAGGACGGCAGCCGCUUCCGACGUCGCCCUUGGCCAAAGGCCUUUGUCCGGACCCCAUCUGGUGGUGCGCUUCCUGUCUCUUUCCAUUCUCUUGGCGCGUUGCCCGACACUGCCAUCCUGACAUGCGGCUUUUCCUUGGAAGGGUACGUCAUGUCUGGUGAUUCGAAGGCUGGGAUCGAGUGGGUGACGGAGAUCUUCAUCAUUGAGGGACUCUUGGAGGAGAUGGUUUCCGUCGGUGCAGGCCCCAAUGCCCCUUUGAAAAGGAAGGCGGAGGUGGGCAUGGACGUCUUGCUCGGGCUGACUUCCGGCAAGAAGGCCGCUGCCGUCGCUGUUGAUUCUGCUCCAAACACUCCAACGAAGUCCUCGGCUGUGUCGGCCGCCACUGCCCCGGUCGCUGGCCCAAGUACCCAGCCUCUCUCUGUCAACGACUUCCUCGACAUGGAGGCCGGAGAGGCGUCUGAGACGGAGGGAGAGGCUCGCCCCCGCCUUGCUCAUGCCGCGGGCGUCUUCAGCUGCGAGGCUUCUCGCUUCUCUGACCUCCUGUUGGGAGAGGUUUGA